AUGACAACGCUAUUAUCAGCAUCUAUAAACGAGCCCUCUCAACGAAGGUUUUUUAACAACAUUACCCUGGGGAAAAAGCAACAAGGGCAGUUUCUAGAAAAAGAGCAAGCUACCUUUAAAUCCUUCACCUCAUCUUUUCUUAUUUGUUGCUUUCUAUGGUACUUGAGUUCAUCUUUUUCAAGCAAUACAGGCAAACAAAUCAUGAAUGUGUUCAAAUACCCAGUGACAUUAACAUUUGCCCAAUUCUUUUUUGUUGCUUGUUGGUGCGCUAUCAUGGAGCAACUGGUAUCUCGGUCUACUGGUAUCAAGAAGCCUACUAGAAUCAUAUUUCAAACAAUUGCACCAUUAUCUUUGUUUAUGAUUGUGGGACAUAUAUUUUCAAGCAUAUCUAUUAGUCGUAUUCCUGUCAGUCUGGUGCAUACCAUUAAAGCAUUGGCACCACUUUUUACAGUGUUAUUUUAUCGAUUCAUUUUUCAUGUACAAUAUUCAUCAAAAGUAUAUACUGCAUUGAUACCCCUGACUUUUGGUGUGAUUCUUGCUUGCAGCUUUACAUUAUCUGACAAUAUUAUUGGUUUAUCGUGUGCCCUGAUCUCUUGCUUGAUCUUUGUUUUGCAAAACAUAUUCAGCAAAAAGCUUCUCUUUAAAGAAUCAAAGAUGGGUGCUGGUAAUCCAAACAAACUGGACAAAAUGAACAUGAUGUUCUAUUCUUCUCUUAUUGCUUUUGUCUUGAUGGCUCCUCUUUGGUUAUAUUCUGAUGGAUUUCGAUUGAUGUUCAAUAGCAAUACAAUGAUGGAGGUGAGCAAGGCUCGUUUGGUGGGUUAUUUCUUAUUGAAUGGUACAGCCCAUUUUGCACAAAGUUGGUUUGCUUUUACAACAUUGGCCAUGUCGUCUCCUGUUACUUAUUCUAUUGCAUCACUUGUGAAGCGUAUCUUUGUGAUUGUAAUGAGUAUUGUAUGGUUUGGACAACAAGUCAGUUUGAUCCAAAGUGUGGGUAUUGCGCUCACAUUUGUGGGUCUGUGGAUGUAUCAACAAGCCAAACGAGAAGUAGAUCAAGGUGAAUCAAAGGCUUGUGAGAACACAAUGGAAGUGCUGCCCAUAUCACAUACAAAAAACACAUAG